UGGUGGAAUUUCAAGUUGCUAAGAGGUAUGCAAAAGUGUACACCGGUGUGGACCCCCCCAUCCCCCGCCCAGUCUGCACGUGAACAGGAACACGUACCUGCACGUAUACCAGGUACAGGCAGACAGAUGCGGGCGAUCCCCAGAGCCGCCGACAGAGGUCGCUGCGAGACGGUACCCGCGUCCCGGAGUCCCCCCGCGCCUCGGAGUCCCCCGCGCCCCGGAGUCCACCCGCGCGGGUCCACUUCUCCAUCCCUGCUUUCGACCCCGGCCCCUGCAGCGGGGGAAGUUCCUGGGGCGGUGACUGGGACCAGGCCGGGUUUUAGGCGGGCGCAGAUUUCCGGGCUAACUUUCCUCGCCGUCUCAGCGCGGGGAGGGGGAAAUGGGAAACCCGGCGAGAGCAGCGGAGCUUCCCAGCCGCACACUUCCUCCCUCCAGCCGUUUGUCUCGCCGGGGAGGGCCCUGGCAGCCAAGCCGGCAGUCCCACUGGUUAUCCGACCUUGUGCUCUUGCGGGGGGUGGAGACCUUACCUCCAGCUCAGAGUGCCUCCUCCCAUCCCCUGUGUUCUCUAGGCCUCCCCAGACUUUGCCUUUUAGCCUUCCAGUGAAACAAGUUCUGUAUCCAAGAUAUACAAUUAAGUGGACAAAGCAGAUUGCAGAAAGUCUUUUGGUAGCUCACAAGGGGACAUCAAAGAUGACAAAGAGGAGUGGAAGAAGACAGAAUCAAUGUGAGGAGCCUGGAACAGGGCUCUGAAUUGUCCUCCCACAAUGAAGUCACUUGGCUAGAGCUGAGCCACGAAUUUGACUCUGAGCAUCUAGGAUGAAAAAGAAGAACUGGCACCUAUGCCAUCUCUGCCCCUCGGGACUGACUACUUUGUCUUCUAGUAAAAUUGAUGCUCCAAGAAGAUACACAACGUUGACCAUGUGGAUUCAGAUAUCUCCUGCUUGGAUCUCAGCCUGGAUCUUGUUUGAGAAGCAUAGAUUAGCUGCAGAGUGCCAUGUCGUACAUCCAAUAAAGUUAAACUCUGCAAGCAAGAGAGAGAAGAGGAGAGAAAGGAGAGAAUCUAAAGUGUGUGAUUCUGUUUACCAUUCCACAGAAGUUGGAUCACUAGAGGGCGAUAUCGGACAAGAGAAAGAAGAAUUCUUCACCACCGUUUCUAGGACUGGUGAAGAGAUGGCAGUAGCCCUCAAAGGGGGCUUGUAAGAAGAACCUCCCUGCCCAAUGAAGUCAACAAGCUUAUCUUCAUGGGAAGCCACCUUUCCUGGAGAAGAAAGAUCUUGCUUCUUGGAGAUGACUGUCUUUAAGCUCAUGGACUAAUAUACAGGUUGUUAAAUUGACUUUCAUCACAUUCUUAGAGGCUUCACUGAGUCCCCAGAACAGAGGUCAGUGAUUGUUAAGCACCCAUCCUUUCUGGAAAACAUAGAUGCUAGACAUAUCCUUGGGAAGUUUCUGAGAGAGAGAGCAAAAAUGGUCCCUCAUGUCCAUCAUUCACAUCCAUGCUGUGUAAGAGAAAGAAAACCAGACAUUUAAAGAUAGAAUUAAAUGAAGGGAUGUCUUGGGAGUGAGUAGUUCUCUCCAACCACCACUACUACUUCCAGUCAAAUAAAAGAGCUGCAAGAGUAAAUGGUGGAGGUAUUUGGGAUGCGUUCCUCUGCCUAGAAGAUGCUGAAAGCUGGAGGCUGGCUGGAAAUGACAGUGAUGGUGGGGCUAGGAGACAGGGUGGCAGGAGGAGCAACAGCACUUAUAUCAUUUGUGGGGCAAGAUAAAUGGGUUUUCCCGUGGGCUGAGUAGACAAAGAGGAGGGCAGUCAGGCUCAGCCUCUCUGAAAGGGCUCCACCCCAGAGGGCUGCCUGUCUGUUUUUUUUAAUCCAAAUGUCAGUUCAAAUGUUACAUCCUCAGAGAUGCCUCCCCUGACCACCAGGGCAAUAGAGUGUUCCCUGUAGUCACACUUUAUUACACCACCUGGUUUAUUUCCUUGAUACUACUUACAAUAUAAACUUAUGUUUUCCUUUGUUAGUUUAUUUAUUGUCUGGUACCUGUCCAAAGUUUCACAGGAAGAAUUAGAGGUGGAGAAGUGAGGAUUUGGGGAAGGAAUCUCAAAGAGGAUAUUCUUUACAAAGUAGAAUCGUCUUACUAAAUUUAAGUUCCAUGAGAGCAGGACUUUAUUCAUCUUAUUCACCACUAUUCCAGGUACUUGGAAUAGAACCUGGCACAUAGUAGCUACUCAACAAAAAUGUGUAAACUAAGUACAUCUCUGCAAGCAAGAGCCCUAAGAGAUAAAUAGACUGGUUCUGAGAAUGGCAUUUUUUCCAGUCCAUGGCCUGCUUGUAAAUGUCUGUGUUAAAGGGUGUAGAGGGAGAAGCAGGUAGGAACCAUAAACUGGAAUACAUUUUUUGUCCUCUCUGGUUUUCUAUUAUGCCUGUGCUUCACUGUCUGGAUAACCAGGAAGUAACACUUUAGGGAAGGUUUUUCCUUCUCCUUUCCUCCUAGUCUCUUCUUAUAAUCUGCAAAGUCUGCUGGCCCCUGGAAACUCACAUGGCCACUUAGUUGGUUUUGAUUGAUUGGAUUGGCAGUGAUGAGCUCUCCCCAGCUUUGAUAUGCCUCCAGGCUUCAGGGAAAGUUGAGCCCCUGGCCAGAUGUUUGGAGACAAUUUGGAAAGGUAGAAAUAUACAAAGGAUAUGCAUUUGCUAGUGUUAUUUGUGGCUUUUGUGCACAUCCUCCUGAGUCAUGUUAAAUUAAAAUCGUUUACUUUAAGCAAGUGUGUGUCUUCAGUAAUUGGGACCACCAAAAAACAAAUUCAUUGAAAAAACAUGGGUAAACCAGGGUGUUGUAAAAGCCAUUCAUUUCUCAUGCUUUUGGUUAGAAUCACAAAUUAAAUAUCCAUAAACCUAGUCAUACAGUGAAGUGAGAAAUUACAGCCUUUUCUUUCUGUAAGAAUUUUUUGAAAGAUUGAAAUAAAAAUCAAAAUACAUUUGAACAGCACUUUCCAGUUUACCAGCACUUCUACCUAUAUUAUAUCAUGUGGUUGAAAAAAGACAAAUCAUUUAGUAAACUUUAAACUGAUAAAGUCAUAAAGCUGAAGAAACUUCUGGCUGUUCAGUGAGUAAAUGAAUGUUUGAGUGGAAUGUGGAGACAGAAUCAUCAUGAUGAUUAGAUUAGAAUUAGGAUUGUACAUCAGGUUGACCUUGAAUCAUGGAUCACAUAACAGAAAGUUAGAUAAGGCUGCUUUGAGAACUAAAAUGACCAAAAAGUGCAAUCAUAUCCAUGUUAAGGUUUGUGGAGCCCAGAGUAAGACUAAUAGAGAGACCUAUUUACAUAUGUAUGAAUAUUUAAAAUGUGUAAAUAAAGCCAGAAAACUGUUAAAUUAAAA